GCUGGGAUUACAGGCGUGAGCCACCGCGCCCGGCCAAUACUCAGUAUUUAUGUAACAAUAAAUACAAUUACUUUCUUUUCUUGCACAAGAUUUUGUUUUCCCUAGAAUUAAUAGCUGCAUAAUUCUUACAGCCGCUUAGUUUUCUGUGUACCUGUCAUGAGUUAAAUUCCAAACUCUCGGUCAAAUCUCCUCUUGAGGAUUCAACGCCAGCUGGAAUUUUGUCAAUUCCAUCCUUCUGAAGCAGUGUCUCCCAAAGAUUUCUGACCGAAUCUAAUCUGGAUGCGUUGCCGUCUAUGCCUAUACACAGCUAUUGUUCCCGGAGCUCUUUCAGUAUCAUCUUGGGAUCUUACUAUUUUCUGUGUUUGUUAUUUAUUGUAUUUCCUGCAUUUCAUAAUUUCCUCCUUCUUGGCUUAUUCCCUCAUUUUGGUGGAUCAGAUCUACAGGAUCUUCCUGGAGGUACUGAGAAAGGUAAGAUAGGUACUAUUUUUUGUGUGUUGUGAUUUAGCACGUCUGAAACUCUAUUCUAUUCACACACUAGAUUGGUAGUUGGAUGAGUAUUGAAGACUAAAUCGGAAGUAAUUUUCCCUCAGAGUUUUGAAGACAGUGCCGUAUGGCUUCCUAGAUUCUAACUGAGCAAUCUGAAGCCACUCUGAUUCUAUAGUCUGUAUAACCUGGAAGGGUGUGGGAUCUCUUUUUCCUCGAUGUUCAGAAAAUUCACAAUGAUAUGCCUUGACGUGGAUGCUUUAAUGUUUGUGCUGGGUGCUUAGUAGGAUCUUUCAGUGUGGAAACUCAUCUCCUUAACAUCUGGACAACUUUCUGAAGUCAUUUAUUAUUUCCUUCCUUUCAUUUUUUUUUUUGUUUGGAACUCCUGGACUGGUCCUGCGAUGUGACUGCAGCCGCCAGGCGCGUGCGCAGUGUACACUGCGUGCGCAUACGCGAGUCCGUUGCGCCUGCGCGCGGUGCCGCCGUCGCCCCUCUUUUCGCGGCGCUCUCCACCUGCGCGGGCCUGAAUGGCCUUCAGCAGCGCAGUCGGCCUGAGGAGUUGAUGGUUACUCACCGCCGUGAGCCCAAGUAACUCGCCCUCCUUUGGCCAGAAACCCUCCGCCUGGGCCCGCGCGAGAGGAGCGCGGCCUCUGAGGGGAGCGGCGACCCCGCCAGCCCCGGUCUGUUUCCCUGGCGGCGGCGGCUUCUUCCGUGGGACAAUAUGUUCAAGAGAAUGGCCGAAUUUGGGCCUGACUCCGGCGGGAGAGUAAAGGGUGUUACUAUCGUUAAACCAAUAGUUUACGGUAAUGUUGCUCGGUAUUUUGGAAAGAAAAGAGAAGAAGAUGGGCACACUCAUCAGUGGACAGUAUAUGUGAAACCAUAUAGAAAUGAGGAUAUGUCAGCAUAUGUGAAGAAAAUCCAGUUUAAAUUACAUGAAAGCUAUGGCAAUCCUUUAAGAGUUGUUACUAAACCUCCAUAUGAAAUUACUGAAACAGGAUGGGGUGAAUUCGAAAUAAUCAUCAAAAUAUUUUUCAUUGACCCUAAUGAAAGACCUGUAACCCUGUAUCAUUUGCUAAAGCUGUUUCAAUCAGACACCAAUGCAAUGCUGGGGAAAAAGACAGUGGUUUCAGAGUUCUAUGAUGAAAUGAUAUUUCAAGACCCAACAGCAAUGAUGCAACAAUUAUUGACAACAUCUCGUCAGCUAACAUUAGGAGCCUAUAAGCAUGAAACAGAAUUUGCAGAGCUUGAAGUGAAAACCAGAGAAAAAUUAGAAGCUGCUAAGAAAAAAACAAGCUUUGAGAUUGCAGAGCUUAAGGAGAGAUUAAAAGCAAGUCGCGAAACUAUAAAUUGUUUAAAAAAUGAAAUCAGAAAACUUGAAGAAGAUGACCAAGCAAAAGACAUAUAAACAGUUCUCAUGAGAACUUGGUAGUAAGCUAAACUGAAAAUAAGGUGGGCUUCACUGGAGAAAUGGACUUACUGCAAGUGCUGUGAUGUUUCUUAGAGGAACUUCAUAUACAGCUGUUGAUCAUGAAUUUCUUAGCAAUAGGAAUUUGUACUAUUUAAGCAAUCUUUAAUGGAAAAUAUGUGUGUAAGAAUGGAUGCUAUAUAGGUAUUUUACCAACCCAUUUUAAGAAAAUUCGAUGAUAUUAAGCACAGUUUUUAAAAAUGUUUAUUGUAGUAUAUGUAUAGCUUAUUACCCUUUUGACAGGCAUCAAAAUUUCAUUAUAAAGUAUUACUUGUACCAAUUUUGUACUUCUUUAGUGGCUAGAAUUAGUGAAGAAACUUAAUGUGUGUAUUUAAUUUCUUCAAGUUCUUACCUGCCCCCAUCCUUUUUUGUAUAUGAUGUGUCCAGUAAGUAUUCAAUAAAUGUAGUUUACAGAUCCUA